CAUGUUCAACUUUUCACACCUUAUCAUCUUUGCGGUUCUGUUGUUUGACAAAGUCAAUACACUCGGCGGAAAACCAUUCCACGUGGCACGGCGUGACAUGACAGGGAAGAACUAUGCAGUGCUGGCUUUAUGUGAUGAUUCUGCAAAAGGACAUCACAUCAAUGUUACAUUGAAUUUGAGAAAUGAUGCAGGUGAUACUCUGGAAACUAUUCAUUUCCGGAACUCCAAGGAAGCAAUUGAGAUCGAAGAUCACGCGGCCAACAAUAUCACUGAAGUGGUUUUAACUGCUGACGUCGCCCCCGUUCCUUACAACAUUCAAAAGGUGUCUGUAAGGAUCCGUGAUAAUCUCUUCAAACUUCAUGUCAAUCAGGAAUGUGAUGAUGAAGACGAUUUUAUUACUUCAACCACUCAGCAAACUUUCUGGAGCAGACGUAUCGAUUGUGAAAGAAAAGAUGUCUACUGUGAUGAUCGACACGACGAGUUCAUGGGAUGCGAGUCUGUAUUUGUGUACCAUUUGUCAUGGAAACGAGGAGCAACUGGAAGAAUUUGAGAAAUUUGAUCUAACAUGUAGUAAUUUAUAAUUUGCUUGUGAAUAUAGACGGUUUGAUUAAACCAUUGUGGUAGAUAUGUUCUUUUCAACAGGUCAAUGUGACACAACAACCAAUAAAAUGCUUCCUGUCU